AGACCAUACAGCAGCAGUGACACCAUGAGGUUCCAGGCUCUGUUCUUUCUCCUGCUCCUGGCAUGCAUGUACCUCAGUCUGGCUCAAGGUAGGCACCAUUAAACAAUCUAAGGAAUGGUAUUCAUAUUCUGUAGAUUCAUUAUUAUGAAGUUUAUGUUCACUGAAAUUGGUGUAACAGUGUAAAGCAAGCCUAUCAUGUGUUUUCAUUUAUUCCCAGUACUUCUUGUAAUUUACAUAUUGUUGAAAAUCUACUGUACAUAGUAGCCUAUACUCCACAUUUUGUACACUUAAUGCAUUGUUGUGUCUGGAGGUAUAGUAAACCUCAUUGUACCUCUGGAAUGGAGAAAGGUUGUUCUAUGUAUAUUUUUUUUACAAACUUCCAAUGGUCCAUACAUUGUCCAGAAUAGGAAUAUUUGGCCUCAAAAUAAUGUUGAUAAUUAUUUAUGGGACAAUUUUAGACUGAUGUGUUGGGAUCUGUCUGUCUCCCCCUCCUUUCAAAACAUUGUCUCAAAUCGCCUGGCACCAGAUUUCACAACACUUUGACAGUAGUGUACAUAGCUCAUAUACAACUUCAAGCAGCUUAAAUAUGAAGUCCUUUUGAUGUCUCUUGCACACAUCUGCAAUACCUUCACUCAUUAUUCUUUCUAAAAUUACAGAAAGUAAUCAUUACACUAUUUUGCUAUUACAAUUGCACAAUUCAAACCAUUUGCUACUGAAAUAUCACUACAUUACAGGAUGUCAUGGCUCAGCACAAGAAGAGAUUGUAACCAUUUAACUUCCUUAUGCUUGUUGUUAGGGUCGUAUGAGAACUGCUGUCUGAGGCAUGUUACUGGCCUGAAGAAGAGCACCAAGAGGAACGUUGUACACUACAGGAUACAGGAAACAGAUGGAGGCUGCAACAUCAAGGCCGUUGUGUGAGUGUGUUGCAACAUGUCCUCACCUUCUGUAGGCCUACCCUUUAGCACAAUUAAGUGUCCAAAUAAAAUCAAAGCCACACAUAAAUCAAUCAUUGUGACACUGGUAUGAAAAUGUCCUCAAGUUACAUGUCAAGAGGACUUGUUGACAGAGAAAUAUUAAAUAUUUAGUUUUCCUUUUUUUCUCCUCAUAGAAUGUGAAUCAAUACUGGGUAUGAGUGUCUAAUCAAUAAAUACAUAUAUAUCUCCCACCAUGUGUCUCAUAUCCAUAGGUUCAUACUGAAGAAAGGGAAGACUGUUUGUGCCAAUCCCAGCCACAAAUGGGUACAGCAUCUGAUGACUGUUGUCAAUAAGGUACACUCUUAUAACUACAUUAUUUUGUAA